AGGGGGGCUAGUGGGAGCCCCGUCCUCCGCGAAUGUUCCCCACAAAAUGGCCAGCGAGAGGAAAUGAAAGCAGUCGCUUUUCUCUCUCACUGCGACACCAAACCCGGAUUACCUCCCCCAUCCUCAUCUUCCUCCUCCCAACCUCGCCCUCUGCACACACGUCUGGAUCUGUCGCCGUGCCCUACGAGACACUGAACAAGCGCUUCCGCGCGGCCCAGAAGAACAUAGACAGGGAAACGAGUCACGUGACCAUGGUGGUGGCUGAGCUAGAGAAGACGCUCAGCAGCUUCCCGGUGGUGGACUCUGUGGUGUCCCUGCUGGACGGCGUCGUGGAGAAGCUCAGCGCACUGAAACGAAAGGCCGCCGAGUCCAUUCAGGCAGAGGAUGAGAGCGCCAAGCUUUGCAAACGGCGGAUCGAGCAUCUGAAGGAGCACAGCAGCGACCAGCCGGCCUCGGUCAAUCUGUGGAAGAAGAAGCGCAUGGACCGCAUGAUGGUCGAGCACCUGCUGCGCUGCGGAUACUACAACACGGCUGUCAAGCUGGCGAGACAGAGUGGGAUCGAGGAUCUGGUCAACAUCGAGAUGUUCCUCACGGCAAAGGAGGUGGAGGAGUCGCUGGAGAGGCAGGAGACGGCCACCUGCUUAGCCUGGUGCCAUGACAACAAAUCUCGCCUUCGCAAGAUGAAGAGUUGCCUGGAGUUCAGUCUCAGAAUCCAGGAGUUCAUCGAGCUCAUCCGACAGAACAAACGAAUGGAUGCUGUCAGACAUGCAAGGAAACACUUCAGCCAAGCCGAGGGGGGACAAUUGGAUGAAGUACGGCAGGUGAUGGGCAUGCUUGCCUUCCCCUCUGACACACACAUCUCCCCAUACAAGGAUCUGUUAGAUCCAGCCCGCUGGAAGAUGCUGAUCCAGCAGUUCCGGUACGACAACUACCGACUGCACCAGCUGGGAAACAACUCCGUGUUCACCAUCACCCUGCAGGCCGGACUGUCAGCCAUCAAGACGCCUCAGUGUUAUAAAGAGGAUGGCACCUCCAAGAACCCCGACUGCCCCGUGUGCAGCAAGUCCUUAAACAAGCUUGCACAGCCGCUGCCCAUGGCCCACUGUGCCAACUCCAGACUUGUGUGCAAGAUCUCCGGCGAGGUCAUGAAUGAGAACAACCCCCCCAUGAUGCUGCCCAACGGAUACGUGUAUGGAUACAAUUCCUUGCUGUCCAUCCGCCAAGACGACAAAGUAGUUUGUCCCAGAACCAAAGAAGUCUUCAGCUUUUCCCAGGCUGAGAAGGUUUACAUCAUGUGAUCCUGCACUCUAACACAACAAAAAACGGCAGAAGAUUAACCCUGAAAACACUCCUACACACACACACGCACGCACACGCACACACAUAUAUUCCAUUCUUGCCCCUCACAGACCCCCUCCUCCCUCCUCCAGCCAUUUGAUCUCACAGACCACCAGGAUGCUUCCUUCAAGACUGGUGUACAGAGAUUACAUUGACAAACAUGUCUGCCAGGUAGUCAAGUAUGGGUUUUCUUGCUCAAUGCAUACAUUGCUGCCUCUGACCCCCCACCCCCAACCCUCCACAUUGGCUUUAAAAGUCACAUCAAGACUGCAUUAGAGAUGUAAAUAGUAAAUAGGCGUUGUUCACAGAUCUUGAUGACUCAUCAUCGUGGGGGUGGGUGACUGAACAAGUCUUGUCUCCACCGGUUUAACUCCCUUUCCAUUCUCAAUAAAAGGCUCUUUUAUGUUCUACAGUCGCAUACUAACUCAUGACAAGUAUCUUUGAUGAUGAGGCUGGUCUUCCUUCUUUUUGUUUUUUCGCCUUGCUUGAGGUUUUAUUUCAUUCAUUUUCACCAUCCGUCUUAACUUGAUUCAUUCACGAUGGGAGUUUGAUAGUGGACAAAAGUACACAAAUUCCAUAAUGUCUCUACAAUUGAACCACUGUUAUACGAUAAGCAAUGAACAGACAUUUUUUUGGGGAGUAGCUAUUGAGGUGUUUUGAUACAUCUUUCUAUGGGCACCAUUAUUUUCCAAGCUGAAAAGUGGCUAGGAAAUUGUUAAGACACUUAGUGGACACCCUGUAUUGGGGACAUGAGCUUCCCAUCUGAGGCUAAUCCUCGAGAUUGUUUUGACGGGCACAUUUUUCCACACACACCACUCAUGGGACCUUGUUUUGUGCACUGCCAAGCAUACAAGUGUCCCAACACACCUUGAAU